AUGGCGGCAAUGGCAAAUCUCGCUAACACCAUGGAAGCUAAUGCUGCUGCGACUCUGCAAGCAGUGCAGAGAUUGGGCCAACCGACUGGGAAUGGCAACAGAAAUGGGAAUGGCGAAGGGAAUACCAAUGAUAAUGCUGAGGGUAACAGCGAUAACACAGGAGGAGUUCCGAUGACCUUGGCGACGUUCCUCAAGGUUCAUCCGCCAACUUUCCGAGGAUCCACAGAUCCUAUUGAAGCGGACCACUGGUUCCAGGCUAUAGAGCGUGCUUUACAGGUGCAGCAUGUUCCUCUCAAUCAAUAUGUAGAGUUUGCCGCUUAUCAGCUAGCGGGAGAGGCCCAGCCCUGGUGGCAAGCUGAGUGUCGUUUGCUACAGCUUCAGAACACUGACAUUCCAUGGGAGGUGUUCCAAACGGCCUUCUACAAGAAAUACUUUCCUGAGUCUGCAAGGGAAGCAAAGGAGAUGGAGCUAAUGCAGCUGAAGCAAGGUUCCAUGUCUGUGGCAGAGUACACCAACAAGUUUGAAGAGCUUUGUAGGUUUUCUCGGGUAUGUCAGGGUGACCCGGAGACUUUCGAGAGCUGGAGGUGA